AUGGAGGUUGACGAGCUAAAAAUGUGCGAUCAAGAAUCACUGAGAGUCGGAGAAGCGACCAAAGACGCAUUGGUCGACGAAGAGUCGUCAAACACCUACUUAAGCGACGAGCAGAAAACAGAGAACAAAAUCGAGGGAAAAAAAGAAAUUCGACCUACCGGUGCAGGAGGCGUGCCCACGACCUUGGUUCGAGGUAAACUGCUCCAUUCCUUGACGAAGCUGGAGCUCUGCAUGGCGGCGGCGGAUGAGGAUGAGGAUCAACGAUGGCGAUGGCGACCGAGAGGCGACGGCGAUGGAGACGUCGAAUCGAGCGCUACAAAGACAACAAGCUAG